CGGCUAAAUCAGAUCCAACUGCUGAAUGUCGUACAUGCGGGUUCUCAUCACUGGAUUCCGUAAGGCUCCUUAGUACUACAAUGUGAACCUUUACAUGCUGUGAGUAUAUAACAGAAGAACAACCCUUACCUGUUGAUAGGGCUUCGAUGAAUACCAAAUGAAGAAAUUCAACUAUGACUCUGUCGCAAACUAAGAGAAACUACAGCAUAUAAUGCAGUCACUAUAUGCCUUUAGUUAGCACAACGCAGUCACCCUACGCCUUAGUACAACGCAGUCACCCUAUGUCUCGUUCACCAAUACAACAAUAAUGGCACACGAAACCCAACAGCCAUCACCACACCAAAGAGUUGCUGAUGUUCCAAGGAAGGAAGAUUCAGCAGUUGAUAUGACUAGUAUCUUUGUACCUGUUGAUGUGGAAUGCCUGAGAUAUCUAUCUUUAUACAAAGAGGAUGAGAUCCAGAAAAUUCAAAAGGACGAGAAUGUGACGAUAUCUGGCCGUGUAAAUGGCUACGACGUGAAGGGCCAUACGAUUGAUGUUACGUGGGCAGCAAACAAAAUGGGUGGUCUAGUUGAUGAAGUGAAGUGCUCCACAUUCAGUUUUGAGACUGGGGUCGAUGUAAGGAAAUUUGCUGAAACUGCUGAAACCAUUGGACAAAGGUAUCGGUGUCAUAUCGGGCAUCAGUUGUCUACGAAACCAAUAUGGCGUCAACGAGCACAAUCUGCAAUUCAAUUCACCCAAGAAGAGCAAGGAGUUAACGUGACAGUCGUCUUCAAUAGGAUAGAAAACCAAAAGGCUGACGUGGUAGUAAAUACAACCAACAGACAACUGAAUCUGAGUUCGGGAUUUGGUGUGUCCAUGAGCCUGAUGGCGGCGGCUGGUUCUGACGUACAGGAGGCCAUAAGACGCAUCUACCCUGACGGAAUAGAGUACGGGGAUUUGGCAGUCACUAGUUCUGGGAAUCUUGACACUUGUAAAAAGAUCUACCACGGAUGUCUUCCAUUCUACACAGGGCACAUGGAAACGUUCAAUCUUUCAAAGUGUUACGAGUGUCUUGUGUCUCUGGUUUUCCGAUGCCUCAUCCAGGCAAGCAAGGAUGGGUUUGAGACAAUUGCACUGCCAGCGUUCGGUACAGGGGCCCUACAGUAUCCUGCCAAGGACGUUAUACAACUUAUGCAUCAUGCCAUUGAUCUUUUCACUCAAGAUAACAAACAGACAUCCUUGAAGGAGAUUUUCAUAGUUACCAGCCUUGAGUCAAGGCUAGAUGUCAAACAGCAGUUUCUAGCUCAUGGAAUCACCCACAAGCUCAAGACGAGAUGGCUUGAAGCACCCCCAGAAGACCAACGUGCAUAUUUCUACCGCUUCUUUUGGCCGAGAACAGAUGCCAUUAUAGCUGAAUUCUUUGAAAGAGAGGUUCGGAGACCUGGCCAGACCAUGUGCGAGUUGAGGGUCAUGAUUGGAUACACGCUCGUCCAGAUUAUUAAUGGGGGCAUCAAUGAAGUAUGUAACGCCACACAGACUGGACUACUACUGUGGAGAGUUACGGACAAAUGGAACCCGAGACCUGUGACGGGUGGUACUGUCACUGCACACAAAACAUGUAUUCGUGUGGACUGUUGUGGCGAUAGCGAGGCCACAAUGGUUACGGGAUUGCGGAAAGGGUUACUUCGAGCGGCUGAGAAGGAGUGGUACCAUGUGACUGUACCGCUAGCACCUAAAGACAUCAUCUCACCCGAUCUAACAUCCGCCGCCAUUGUUUCUGCCUUACAUCGUCUUUCUUGUGUGUAUGUGCUGACAAUCGCCGUUUCCGAUACCAACUGCUACAUCGAUUUAGUAACUCGGAUAGCACAACAUGGCAUCGUACAGAAGCCUCCAGAUGUGACCAACAGCCUAGCUGACUAUUUGUGGAAAACAAAGUUCUCCCGUCAACGCUCUGACAGCCUUGGAACGAUACAUACGCCAGUAGAGGAUGUCGUCAUGGUCGUCACUUCAGACUCGGAGGAGACAAACAUGAACGCUGCCAAGCACGUUGAGAGAGAGCUGCACGUGCCGCUGCAGGAUGUCCUGCACGUCCACACAAGCUUGACCAGGGAAUAAUCAAGACCUGUUCAGUGGCUCCAAGUAUACGGCAAAUGAUAACAAUUGCCUGCUUGAAUUUUAAAAUUUCCCACAUUCUCCAGAAUUUGCAAAUUCCUGUUAGCUGUGUUCAGUUUCUCCUUGCAGGCAGUAGUGAAAUCGCACUAUCUUCUGUUAACCCAUGCGAUUAGGAGGAAAACCGGUCCGUAAUCAGUUAAAGAACAAAUAUACUUUGGUUUUUUU